UUUAGCUUGUCAGUGGCCGUCCUAGGGUUUACGGAUCGUAGUGUCCGGAGAUUUAAAGAUGGCUUCCUGUUCGGGGCAGCAACUGCUGCAUACCAGGUGGAAGGGGCUUGGAAUGAGGACGGCAAAGGAAAGUCAGUAUGGGACCACAUCUUCCACAGUAUGCUGGAUGAGGAGUCAGCACUUGGAGACGUGGCCAGCGACUCAUACCACAACUACAAGAGGGAUGUGGAGAUGUUGAGGGAAUUGGGGGUGGAUGUUUACAGGUUUUCUAUAUCCUGGCCUAGGGUAUUGCCUGAAGGUUUCAGCAACAUAAAAAACGAGCCAGGCCUCCAAUACUACGACAACCUAAUAGACGAGCUACUAAAAUACAAUAUUCAACCCAUGGUCACUAUAUACCACUUUGAUCUACCAAAGGUCUUGCUAGAUUUGGGGGGGUGGUCUAACCCCUACUCUGUUCAGUGGUUUGAGGACUAUGCUAGGAUGUUGUUUGACCGAUAUGCUAGUAAGGUCAAAUACUGGACCACCAUGAACCAACCAACCACCGUGUGUGAGGUGGAAAUGAAAGUACGUGGGAACCUUUUGUUGGAUUACGUGUGCGCUAAGAAUCUGCUUCUAGCGCACGCUAGAACGUAUAGAAUGUAUGAGAAGGAGUAUAAGAAGAUAUAUGGAGGAUCCGUCGGGAUAUCCACAGCUGUGAACUGGGUGGAACCCGUCACCAACAGCACUGAAAACGUGGAGGCUGCUGAAAUAUACAAAGAGUUCACGUACGGCAUGUACCUGGACCCGAUCUGGUCCAAAAAUGGAGACUUUCCCAGACUGGUGAAGGAUAGGGUGGCCAAGAAGAGCAAGGAGCAGGGAUUCCCCAGAUCUAGAUUACCUUCGCUUUCGAAAGACGAAAUCGAACUUAUUAAAGGCUCAUCAGAUUUCCUCGGCCUAAACCACUAUACGACCUACCUGACAUCUCCGUCGAAGGGCAGCCACCCUGUGCCCUCAUUCGCCGAUGAUGUUAGCGUCGACACAACAACGGGUAGGGAGAAGUGGACGCAGUCGCGUAGUGCUUGGUUGAAGAGUAAGCCCGACGGUCUGUACAAAGUUUGUCUGCUCCUCAACAAGCGAUACGACUACCCUCUCAUCUUCGUCACGGAGAACGGCUGGUCGACCGACAAGGGGCUUCAGGCGCCUCGCCGCAAUAACAACGAUGACACCCCGGUCAAGAUCAGUCAGUAUGCCUCAGAGGAACCACCCUCCGUGCCUCCCGUCCAACAGGGCGCCCAGGGCGUCCUGCCCGCCCCACACGCGCCCACCGGCGACUCCCAACCCCAAGACCUUGCGGAAGAGCUGCGGCGUUUUCGCGCAGACUUUUCAUCGAUGCGUAAUGAAAUUGCUGGAGUUCGACAGGAGCUGGCAGAGCUGCACAAUUCAUUUAAUAAUUUCAACGCGCGCAUUGAGCUGAUCGAGGAUAGAGUGAAGCGGCUUGAGGACCGUGUGGAAGAUGAGCAACACUCGAACCCAGGGCACGAGCUGGCUGCCACGGUGGCUGAACUGAAAAUGGAGCUGGCUGACCGCGACCAGGACCUCCUCUCUAAUGACCUGGAAAUCACAGGUAUCCCGGAACUACCCAAUGAGAGCCCGUACCACCUGUUGAGCCUGGUUGCGCAGAAACUCGGCGUCAGCCUCGAUGAGCGUGAGAUAAUCUUUGCGGAGCGAGUAGGUGUGCGCCGUCAUCUUCAGGAGGGUACCAAUGUUGCUGCAGCUGCCACAGGGUCCUUACCAGCGGGUGGAGCCGCGGCUGCCUCGGAGCCCGCGUCCGGUACUGCUAGCGUGAUCGCGGCGCCUGCCACCGUUGUGGGGAAUUCGCGCCCGCGGCCGCUGGUGGUGCGCCUGGCGCGCCGCGGUCCGCGUAGCGACCUACUGCGAGCCGCUCGCGUGCGCCGUGGAGCAGACACGGCCGACUUUGAUUUACCUGGGCAGCCCAGCCGUUUCUACGUGAAUGAGAGACUCACCAAGCUAAAUCGCGAGCGUUUCGGUCUCUACGAAGUAGAUUUCGACUCGCCAGAAAGAACGCGAACGGCGCGGCAGUCCGCGCUGGUUUACAAGAGAAUCAUACAGAAGAGAGUCGUUGAGGAGGGAUGGAAGCCGAAAAACUUGAAGAUUACUGUUAGCAAAGUGAAAACUGAAUUGUAA